AUGAGUGGACCAGAUCCCUCCAAUAAUAAUGGUAAUGAUUCAGGCGAUGGUCUUCCUGCCAAUAAUAAUAGACAUAAUCAAAAUAAUAAUGAUAAUAAUACAAGCAACAAUGAGACUACACCUGCACCACAUUCGAAUAACAUAACACUCUCCAUACAAUACACAUAUUUACCGAUCGAUGGCACGAAUGGCCAACCUAUUGAAACAGCUGGCACAAACGAUGAUAGGCCGUCUGGUAUCAAUGGCUCUGCUGCCACUACAGGUAGUGGUAAUGUUACCGGAUUGGGAGUUAACAAUACUGCCAUGGGAACAACCUUACCGGGGCAGCCUGUUAAUUUAAAUGGUGUUCCAGGUGGACCAUUGCCUGGCAUUCAACCAAAUAUGCUACCUACGCCUGCUGGCGCGUUUGUUUUGUCAUUUAGAGAUAUACCCAGCACAACACCGCAGAGUCGAUUAGAAUCUAUAGUUGCGAUUACUGCCGAGUUAGCAAUGAGAAGAUUCCAAGAAUUGCAUUCAAGACCCAAGGGAAUUCCAAAGGAAGAAUUUGAAAAAUUACCAAUUCUGACCCUCGAGGAAGUUAGAAAAUUAAAUAAUGGUAAAAAUACAGAAUGUAGUAUUUGUUAUGAACCAUACAUUGAAGAACCUGUGGAAGAUAAAACUGAAACAGAUAAAAAUAGUAAUAAUAGGAAACGUAGUAGGUCGGGAUCAGAUAGCCAAGCAAGUGCUCAAAUUGAUAGAAUUAAGAGACAAAGGGUAAAUGCUGAUUCAAAUUCUGCGCCAACACCAGCAUCUUCGGCUCCUACAAGUGCUGGUGACCAAUCAUCUACUAAUGCACCUACCUCUCAAGAAGGAAAUCCAGAUCCAACAGCUGAGGAUGAGCCAACAUAUCUUCAUUCCCCUGUAAAAUUGCCAUGUAAUCAUGUUUUUGGUAGAGAAUGUAUUUAUAAAUGGUCAAAAAAUGAGAAUUCUUGUCCAUUAUGUAGACAUAAGAUCGCAGAAUUAAGUGCUGAUCAAAUGCAAAAUCAAACUAAUACCAAUAACGCUACUAUGCACGAAUUUGAAAGAAUUAGAAAUUUAUUAUACAAUCCACCCGAAACUACUGAAAAUGGUAAUACCCAAAAUACAAACAGUAAUGCAACCACCCCAGCUACAACAUCUACGGAAUUUAAUUUCCCCGUAAAUGGGCCUAAUAUUAUCUUUUUAUCACCAGAUGACUGGAAUAAUGUGUCAAAUAGAGCUACUAGAACAGGAGAUCCUCCAAACAGUAUUCCUAAUACAACAGAAGGUUCAACAACCACAACAUCUGCUCAAACUAGGGGUGUAAACCCAUUAAAUAAUGCCCAGACACCAUCCAACUCUACAACACCGGUAAAUGGUACCAGUACGACUCGUACAGGUCUACGUUGGAUCCCAAUUUCAAUGAGAAAUUUAAAUCCUCUAACUAAUGAUGAGAGAACUAGAAGCAACCCUGGACCAAAUGGUGUUACAAACGCUUCUACAUCUACUAAUGUACAACCCCAAACAACAGAAGAGGCAAGAUACAGUGGACUAAGAAGACUUUUCCAUACAAUGUUCAGUUCUGCAGAGAGAGAGGAGGUAAAUAAUGCAGCAACAGGUGCAACUAGUAACACUAGUACUCUUCCAGAAAGAAACGUACCCCCAGAACUUGCUAAUCAUCUUCGUAACAUAGAUAGUGCCCUUGCAGGUAAUACACAGACCCCUGCUAGUUUAUUCAGUACUGGUGUGGCCAGUUAUAGAGGCCAGAACGGUAAUGUUUCCACAUUUGAACUUGGGAAUCAUCGUACAUCACAUACCACAGCAAGUAGCAACCCAGUUACGGAUGCAUCAAAUCAAUCUAAUGCUUCAAAUGCUAACAUUUCAUCUAAUCCAGCAUCAAAUACAGACACUAAUAAUGACGAGACUGAGGAAACUCAACCACGAAACCAAAAUAAUGAGAACAACGAACCUUCACAGAGUAAUGAACAUAAUGAUAAUCAUUAA